CAACUGACACAUGACAGCGCACAGGAGACGCAACUUUAACAGCCCAGGAACCCCAGACUCUACCUAAAUCUCUCACGGGUUCAAACACAGCUGAAAUGUCAGAGUACGAUUAUGAGUUGGAUCUCAACGAAACAAAGUGCGGGGAAAACUGCACAUUGGCGACAGUCCCUCCAGCUUUGCCCGAGAUUGGCCACCGCCACUAUAUCGUCCUGACCUGCUAUGCCAUUGUCUUCCUGUUGGGCGUCCCAGGAAACGGCCUGGUAGUCUGGGUGACGGCCUUCCGGAUGCCACGUUCGGUCAAUGCCCUGUGGUUCCUGAACCUGGCCAUAGCCGACCUGCUGUGCUGCCUGUCCGUGCCUUUGAUCAUGGUGCCGCUGGCCCAGGAUAAGCACUGGCCCUUCGGCCUUGCGGCCUGUAAGCUGGUGCACGGCCUGCUCUACAUGCUCAUGUACUGCAGCGUGCUGCUGCUGGUGCUUAUCAGCCUGGACCGCUGGCUGCUGGUGUCCCGGCCCACUUGGUGCCAGAACUGGAGAAGGCCACGCUAUGCUAGCUGGGUCUGCUUAGUCAUCUGGAUACUAGCUCUUGUUAUCAGCAUUCCCCAGUUCAACGAAAUGGAGGUGGACAGGCGAGGAUCGAAGAUAAUAUGUGCUGGCAUGUAUGGCACCCUGCUUGAAGCUUGGAGCAUCACAGUUUUCCGCUUCCUGGUGGGUUUCUUCAUGCCCUUCUUGGUCAUCUGCGUAAGUCAUUGGAUGGUCUAUCAGAGGGCAGGCCGAGGUCCAGGGCAGAACAAGAGGUCGGCACGGACCGUGCGCGUCAUCCUCGCCAUAGUGCUGAGCUUCUUCCUGUGCUGGCUUCCGUUGCACAUCAUGGAUUUCCUUCAGAUGGUUGCGCAAAAGAAUACAGAGAUACAGCAUAACGUGCUCCUGUUCCGUGUGUUGGCUCUCUGCCUGGCCUACUUCAACAGCUGCCUCAACCCACUGCUCUACGUGUGCCUGGGCCGUGGCUUCAGAGAUAGCCUGACGAAGACGUUGAGGAGCGUGCUCCACUUUGCCUCUGAGGAACCCCCACGGGGGCUCAGCAUGACAGGCAACACCAAGAGCACCACUGACAGCAACCAUUUUGCAACAGAAAACAGAGUUCACUAAGAGCUCUCAAAACUGGCUCAACUUUAACCCUAGGAACCCCUUUGUCCAGCUCAAAUUCAAGCAUUCUCAGCCUCAGCACACUGUCUUGUAACUUUCAUAAGCUUUUGGCGCAGGAAUUAGUUAAAACAGUGCAGGACAGUUGGCCCUAGGGACUGACCUUGAGAACUUUUGACUUAGAACAUCAGGGCCUUUCCUAAAAGCCUUCCAGCAUGAGAUUGCAGUGUAACUAUGACCACACCCAACACUUUCCAGAACUACAGGACUUUUGAAACAUGGUUAAGAUGCAAACCAACCCAUUCAGAGUGGUUCAAUGUGAAAUAGCAUACUUUCAGAAACUUACUGGUCAGAAUUGUUCACAAGAGUGUCAAUAGGAACCAGACGUCUAAUGGGUGAUGCCUUUAAAAGAAACCUGCAGGUAGUUAUGAAAUGAAAUGGUUACAAAUACACUGCCUGAUGCCUGAGACAUUGUUCUUCAAUAGUUUAUGAGAUAGGUUUCUCUACAGUGAACCAUUUCACAUCAAACCACUCUGAAUGACUCUUUUUACAUCUCAAUGAAUGAAUUAACUGUUCAAAAAUCAGUGGAAUGAGUUUGAUUUGGUAAGUCAGAGCAGGGGAUCGCAAAAUGUACAGAAGACCUGGAUAAAAGCUCUCAACAAAGAAUCAAAUAUUAGUGCUUGGUCUCACACAUUCAUAUUCAUGUGGCUCAUAAAUCACACAUUCAUAUUCAACAUACACUUUUAACUUGACACUUUGAUGCUUUAGUGUUAGGUAAUUUAACUCUGUUUAGCUGUAACCUAGGCUAACUUGGUAGCUCACAGGUAACAUCAUAUAUUCAUAUUCAUGUAACUGAUAAAUCUUGUAUUUAUAUUCUAAAUGCACUUUUAUCUCAACACUUUGAUGCUUUGGCAAAUUUACAGUGUAGCUUGUAACCUUGUGUACUGCUCCUCUGUUUAGCUGUAACCUGAUUAUAGAUCAUCUAUGCUAACUUGCCAGCUCACAGUUAACACAAAACGUAACACUAGACAGUAUAUAAGGCCAGUAUUAACAGGACUUAAGUGACCAAUUUUACAAACUUUGACUAAGGCAUGUGUUUAUUAUGCUAAU